AUGGCAGCCAUGGAAGGGGUGGCGAUAAUGGGAGCCCAAGACCAACAGCCGCCGCCAGUGAGGGUGGUGGAGCGGCUGAACCCGGCGGUUCAGCAGCAGCUCAACCUCGACUCGGUCAAGACUCGCGCAAUCAGCCUCUUCAAAGCCAUCUCUCGCAUCCUCGACGAGUUCAACGCCAUAGCCGCCACAAAUGCUGUUCCAAAGUGGCAAGAUAUACUCGGGCAGUUCUCGAUGGUGAAUCUGGAGCUUUACAAUAUUGUUGAAGAUAUUAAAAACGUGUCCAAAGCCUUUGUAGUGCAUCCUAAGAAUGUUAAUGCUGAGAAUGCUAUCAUUCUUCCUGUUAUGCUGUCCUCUAAGCUUCUGCCUGAAAUGGAGGUGGAAGACAACACCAAGAGAGAACAAUUGCUACAUGGCAUGCAGAGUUUGCCGGUGCCUGCACAAAUUGAAAAGUUAAAGGCUAGAAUUGAUAUGAUUGGAGCAGCCUGUGAAAGUGCUGAGAAGAUUAUAGCUGAUGCACGAAAAGCCUACUUUGGUACUCGUCAGGGACCAACACAUCUGCCAACUAUUGACAAGGUCCAAGCUGCAAAAAUACAAGAACAGGAAAAUUUACUUCGAAGUGCGGUUAAUCAUGGGGAAGGAUUACGAAUACCUGCAGACCAAAGGCAAGUAACAUCUUCACUUCCAAUGCAUUUGGUGGAUGUACUCGUUGUGAAUGAUAGCUCACAGACAUUCUCGGAUACAUCUGGUAUGUAUCAGAAGAAUACCCCUCCACUUAUGUCAACCCUCGGUAAUAACAGCCAGGUUCCUUUAUUACAGGCCUCUGGAGCACAACUUAUAGGGAGACCUGCAGCUUCCCCUUCUGGUGCUAAUGGGUCUACCUCCUUUGAUAAUACAACUACAUCUCCCAUGCAAUAUGCAAAUUCACCAAGAUCUGGCGCAAACAUUAUGAACACGCCCUCUCCUCAGCAACAACAGCCACAACAGCUACAACAACACCAGCUCCAGCAGAGGCAGAAAAUGAUGCAGUUACCUCCACAUCAGCAACAACUUAUGGGUCAGCAGCAGCUAAGACCAUCAUCGAUGACUGGGUUAGGACAGAUGCACAACCAGCAUCAUGUCCAGUUUUCUCAGCCACUGGCAGCCCAACAACUACAGAGCAGGCAGCUCACAUCAGCUGCUAUGCAUAUGGGUCAAAGCCAACUGAAUCAAGGAAAUCAGAUAGGCCGUCAACUAAACCAGUUCUCGAGCGCUACAAAUAGUGCUUUGUUUAAUGCUGCCCAAACGACACCAGCCUCUCAAAUGAUUCCAAACAUGUCAGCUAUGAUGCCAUCGCCGUCAAUUCUACCAAGAAUGCAGCAGUAUGGAAUAUCUGGCGGCAAUCGGACUCUUCCUCCUCAAAGCCUGAGCGAUCAGAUGUUUAAUAGUAUUGGAGGUGGCAAUGCUAGUGGCCUGAUUGGGGGCAUCCAGCAACAGCAGCAAUCGGCAUUCGGGAACAUGACACAGCAAAGUGGUCAGCAUUUGCAACAACAAAUGGUAAACAUGCCAAACGCAGCACAACAGACUCAUCACCCGAACUUUCAGCAGCAGAGACAAAACCAGCAGUGA